ACCGGAAACAGACCGAAUUACAAACCCAAAUUGCCAAAAUUUUACCAUAGUCAUUUUCACUUUCGAAUUUAAUAAAAUAGAUAAUUUCUUUAAAAUCAUGAUAGUUUUUUUAGGUGUCUUACACAUAUAUGAUAGUUAAAUUUGGAUUAAUAAGUUUAGAACUAUUUUUUUUCGUCCCUACUUUUAACCGAAUUCCUCCGCUCGUUCUCUUUCUCAACAACGUGCAAUCUGCAGCCAUGAGCACCCUAAGGUUGCAGAAACGGUUGGCCGCAGCCGUUCUCAAAUGUGGAAAAAAUAAAGUUUGGUUGGAUCCAAAUGAAACAAAUGAAAUAGCAAACGCUAACUCAAGACAGAACAUCAGAAAAUUGGUAAAAGAUGGUUUGAUCAUCCGUAAACCUGUGGCAGUACACUCCAGAGCUCGUGUAAGGAAAAAUGCUCUUGCAAGAAGGAAAGGACGUCACAUGGGCCAUGGUAAAAGGAAGGGUACUGCCAAUGCUCGUAUGCCUGUCAAAGUUUUAUGGAUUCGAAGAAUGAGAGUCCUGAGAAGAUUGUUAAAAAGAUACAGAGAAGCCAAGAAAAUCGACAAGCACUUGUACCAUGAAUUAUACAUGAAAUGUAAAGGUAACGGUUUCAAGAAUAAACGUGUCUUGAUGGAACAUAUUCACAAGAGGAAGGCAGAAAAGAACAGAAGCAAAGUUCUCAGUGACCAAGCAGAGGCUAGAAGAACGAGAGUCAAGGAGGCUCGUAAGCGUCGUGAGGAGCGUAUCAAAACAAAGAAGGAAGAACUGCUCAAAUCUUUCUCUGAAAAGGAAGAACCUGCUAAGAAAUAAAGACAGUGCUCUUAACUUA